AUGGCAAAUACUUAUGUCACUACAUCUGAUGGGUUCUAUCUGUCUGAACCAGUGCAGUGCUAUGAUAUUUUGCCAGAACAAAUCAAUUAUCAGCUACACGACACUGAUUUUCAAGAAUCACCUUAUUGCCAGUAUUCUACUGCUCAGUUUCCUCCAGCUUUACAGUCCCAAUCUAUACAAAGUCAUUUCAACACAUAUUGCUUGGAUCCACAGUACAGUGGUAGUGGACAGUGUGGACUUGGUUCCUGUGAAUUAAAUAGACCUACUUAUGUGGUUGCUCAAGAUGCUGAAGAUGGAUACCCUGGAAUAAAAAGGUCCAGACCAACUUAUUCUUCCUUGCGAAUUAAGGAACAGGAAGAACUCUGUGUAGUUUGCGGUGAUAAAGCAUCAGGAUAUCAUUAUAAUGCACUUACUUGUGAAGGUUGCAAAGGCUUUUUUCGACGUAGCAUCACCAAAAAUGCAGUAUAUAGUUGCAAGAAUGGUGGCGGCUGUGAAAUGGACAUGUACAUGCGUAGAAAAUGUCAAGAGUGCAGACUAAAAAAGUGUAAAGCAGUAGGAAUGUUGGCAGAAUGUUUGCUCACAGAAAUCCAAUGUAAAUCAAAGAGACUUCGAAAGAACUUUAAGCAGAAGAAUAGUUUUUACUCUAACAUCAAAGUGGGAGAGGAAGGAAUAGACAACAAACUUGUAUCAUCAUCCACCACUAGAUCUGGAAAAGUGAUUCAGGACAGUAUGGAACUAACUCAAGAGGAACAUCAGUUCAUUAAUAACAUUGUGGCUGCUCAUCAAAAAUAUACCAUUCCUUUAGAGGAAACAAAGAAUUUUUUGCAGGAAUAUGCAAAUCCUGAACUGAGCUUUUUGAGACUCUCAGAGACAGCAGUCUUACACGUACACGGGCUAAUGGAGUUUUCCAAGGGCCUCCCAGGAUUUGAAAGUUUGACCAGUGAGGAUCAGGCUGCAUUACAGAAGGAAUCAAAAACUGAAGUGAUGUUCCUUCAUGGGGCUCAACUUUACAGUCAGAAGGAAUCAGCCUCUGAAAGUACUAUGACAAUAUCAAAUCAUUCAGCUCAUACACUGAAUUGUUACAAUCAGAGUGGUGAUAGAAGUGUUAUUUAUUCUGUGGAACAAUUUUGCAGUGAAGACUGUCCUUCUGCCACUCUAACUGGUAUUACUGAAGAAUUUAUUACUGCACUCUUUUACUUCUACAAAAGAAUGAGUGAACUUAAUAUUACUAAUACUGAAUAUGCUCUGCUUGCUGCAACAACUGUGCUUUUUUCAGAUCGUCCAUGCCUUAAAAAUAAGCAACAUGUGGAAAAUUUACAGGAACCAGUUUUACAAAUUUUGUAUAAAUAUUCAAAAAUUUAUCAUCCAGAAGACCUACAGCAUUUUGCUCACCUCAUAGGGAGGAUUACUGAACUGAGAACUCUGAAUCACAACCAUUCAGAAAUACUUAGCACCUGGAAGACAAAGGACCCCAAAUUGACUACUUUACUCUCUGAGAAAUGGAAUUUGUAUUCACGUUGCUAA